AUGGAAGAAGAAGACUUGAAAGACUUUUUAGGAGGUAUUAUCUUCCAAUAUGUUGAAAGGGACUCAUUUUACAAGUACUUAAGGUUAACUAUCAUUGUUUGUUCAUACAUCUUUUUCAGAGCCCUUUAUCAAAACUAUUUAAAGACUCGUCAAAUCAAACAUCAAUUGAAAUUAGAUGAACAAGAAAAGUUGGAAAAGCCAGAAAAGGAAGCCAGAGCCAAACAAGAAGAAAUUGAAAAGUUAGAAAGUGAAGCCAAUUCCUUCGGAUGGGGUAAAAAGACCAGAAGAAAUGUUAAAUUACAACAAGCUGUAUUGGAAGAACAAAUGAAUGAAUUAAGAACCAGACACCAAAGUGCUUAUGAUGCUGCUGAAGAUAACGAUAUUGAAGAUCUUUUAGAAGAUUAG